GCGGCUAUGCAAAGAAGCCCCAUUGCUGCAAGGUAUGGGACUACGACUAUUGCUACUGCAAAGAGUACAAACACGGCUGGUACUACUACGGCGGAAAGUGCAGCUACAGGGACGACGGCUACAAGUGCCCGCACUGCUGCGAGGAGUGCGACUACCACAAGAAGUACUGCAAGCGGUACAAGCACGACUACUACUACGAGCACGGGCGGUGCCAGAAGAAGGCCCCCAGCUACGGCGGCAGUCCCACUGCGACCGCGAGUGCGGAUGCGACGUGCCGCGGGAGGGGCUGUGCGACCAAAACUCACACGUCGACGUCGACCACUCCCUAUAGCUCCAGAUCCAGCAGCUACUCCCAGUCUGGGAAGUAG